AUGUCUGAAAUUAUUGAAGGUAACGUUAGAAUCGAUAGAUUGUCUCCAGGUGAUAACAAAACUUUUCCAAAGAAAGGUGAUUUGGUUACUAUCCACUAUACCGGUACUUUGGAAAACGGUCAAAAAUUUGAUUCUUCCUUAGAUAGAGGUUCUCCAUUCCAAUGUAACAUUGGUGUCAAUCAAGUUAUUAAGGGCUGGGAUGCUGCUAUUCCAAAAUUAUCUGUGGGCGAAAAGGCAAGAUUAGUAAUUCCAGGACCAUAUGCUUACGGCCCAAGAGGUUUCCCAGGCUUGAUUCCACCAAAUGCCACUUUAAUUUUUGAUGUCGAAUUAUUGAAGGUUAACUAA